UCAAAACCUCUCCUUUCUACACACAUUCAUAUAUUUUCCCGGCUGAGAAAUAUAGACAUACUCCUAUAGAUACACAUAUAGAUACAGAUUUUCCGGCGAGAUGGUGAGUAAAGAAGAGGAGUUUGUGUGUGGAAGGUCGAGAGUGUUGCAUAAUUUCAAGCUGCCGUCGUUGAAGUGGGGGUCUAGGAAGGUAAUGAGGUGUAUGAGGGUGGAUGAGGCGGCGGCGGCGAGGUGUCGCCGGAGUUCUGAAGGCAGGAGAGUCAAUUUCAGAUUCUCUCCGGGAGAGAAGGUAGGGUUUGGGGUUGAGGCGGCGGCGGAGAAGAUGAUGUUUGAUUUUCCGGCGGCGGGGGAGAAACGGCGGCGGGAGGAGAGUGAGAUGAUGAAGCCGUGGAAUUUGAGGACGAGGAGGGCAAGGUUGGAUCCGGAUGUGAGGGAGGGUGCGAAAUUGAACUCGAACUCAAACUCGAGAGCGAGAAUGAAGGAGAGAGAUUCUUCGGCGAGAGAUGAUAAGGUGAGUGUGAAGGUAAAGUCUCCGUGGUGUUUGAGAGGGAGUGGGGAGAAGAGAGAAAGAGAGAGGGCGAGAUUUUCGGUUUCGCUUUCGAAAGAUGAGAUUGAGGAGGAUUUUGUGGCGAUUACGGGGAAUCGAGUGCCUCGCAGGCCGAAGAAGUGGCCGAGGAAUGUCCGGAGACAAUUGGAUAUGCUGUUUCCUGGAUUGUGGUUGACUGAAGUGACUGCCGAUCUGUACAAAGUUCCUGAUCUCACGGUGACUGGGAAGGACUUCGAACCCCAGUCUGGGCUGUUUGUUUAAUGCUAUGAGGAAAUGGAAAAGUUCACGUAUUCCAAAUCCCAUGGAGCUUGGAACUGCUCAUUCUCCAAUAUCUACAGAAUAAAUGCAUGUCGCUUCUACUGUGUUCCUUGGAUCAUGUUCCACUAUUGGCAAUUGAUAAAUUUGCACUUACAAUAAGCCACUUGCACUGUAUGUUGAUUCCAGGAUCUGUUUCUUUUAGAAAUAGUGGAGUUGGACCAGAUUCACUCUGCAACCUGAGCUGGUUCAAAGUUGAAUCUGAGAUGAAAGAGGUCGUGGUUCGUCCUCAGUGCAAGGUUCGCAUUUUACAAGAUCAAAGUUUUAUUGUAGAUAGUAGAUGGUCAAUUUUGUUGUUCAAUGGUUCAUAUAAGAAAGUGGAGGGAAAUCUACAUUAGCCCCCCAAUUUGACUUGGUUGUAGUAGGCAUUGAACUAUCGAAGAAAGGAGACAUGCUAGGAAAAUAUAAGAAACAUUUUGCUAUUGGGCUUAGGUCCACGACCUUUAACAUAUA